AUGAACUCAACCGGACGUUUGGACAGCUUGGACGUGGCUUUCACAAAGAACUUCAUCACCUUCGCUGUCUGCUUCAUCAUCAUCUACAUCAAUGGAGCUUUUGUCUACACCUACUUUAAGAACCAGGUGUUCCAGCGAGACCCCAGGUAUGUGCUGUACAUCCAUUUGGUGAUAAACGGCACGAUCAUGCUGACCGUUUCCAUGACGCUCCACAUCAUGAUCUACACCGUUCCCCCGACCUUUGCUCCCUGCUGCAUCAUGCUGCUCAUCUUAGCCACCACCAACAAGAACAGCCCUCUGAACCUGGCCGGCAUGGCCGUGGAGCGGUACAUCGCUGUCUGUCGACCUCUUCAUCACGUCCAGAUCUGCACCGUGCAACGAGCCUACGCUCUCAUCGCACUGAUCUGGGUCGUCUCCUUCAUCCCCGCCCUGGUAGAUGUCUUCAUCAUCCUCGUUACCCAACCCCUGUCGGUCUUCUCGAGGGUGUUCAUCUGUUACCCCAGCAACGUGUACAACACACCGUACCACAAGGCGCAAACUGUGGUGGUCCAGGUCCUUCUGUUUUCCUUCGUCUUCCUCACUCUGAUCAUCACCUACCUGAAGGUCCUCUGCGCUGCUCGGGCAGUUUCUGGUUCUAACCAGGCCUCAGCCAGAAACGCUCGCAACACCAUCCUGCUGCACGGAGUCCAGCUCCUCAUCUGCAUGUUGUCCUUCCUCGCUCCUUUCAUCAACCUCGCCUUAGUAUCCGCUUGGCCCCAAGAAAUAACCGAGAUCGUCUUCGCCAGCUUUAUGUUCACCAAUGUGCUUCCACGUCUGCUCACUCCGCUCAUCUACGGCGUCAGAGACCAGAAGUUCAGCAGCCACAUCAGGCUGCACUUCUGCUGGAAAUGCUGCAGCUCUGUAGAAAAGAAUGUGAAGCUGAUGGUGGGACGCCGGCGAAGGUCCAAACAGGUGGUGCACUAA